GGCGAAACGUUGUGUGCGCAACUGCACCUGUCCCCCGUGCAGCUUUGCACGUUGGCGGCUCUUUGCGGCAACGACAUCACUCAAGCGGUGAACCAAGCGCACCAGCUCUUCCGAAAGCUUCGCCUUCAGGGCAAGAGCUUACGACACACCGUGCAGAAGGUGGUUGAUCUAGUCCGUGCAUAUCCCUUGAGGCCAGCCCUGCUCGAGCGGCACAAAGCGUUGCGAGCCACCGAUGUUGCCGCGGCUUGGUCGCGCAGCGAUGAUUUCUAUGCUCAGGGAUGCGACUUGGUAACACCGACCCCUCCGUUGGCAACGACCGCGUGCCGAACGUGGGACUUUUUGCAUCUUGAGUGCUGUGCAUCGGCGGAGCUUCAUCUGGGCGCGCACCUGUUUGACGUCUUGGCCCUAUGGCGUUCGCCCACAUUACAGCAACUCUUAUUUGCCACGGUGGCCACCCAAUACACCGAGGUGACGCUCAUCGAUGCGCGCGAUCGGCGUCUCGUUGUUUCAGCAUUACCUCCUCCGACGUCCAGCACGCAGAACGCUGGAGCACCGGCGACACACCUUUGUGCAAUGCCUGCAGGCCAGCUCAUGGACAUGAUACUGAAGGAUGAUUUGGCCGCGCGGGGUUCAGCAGGCGAUAAUCUGUGCGAAGCUCAAGCAUCAAGCCCCGGCCGCUGGGCGGCCAUCCUUCACGCUGAAGCGCGCCGAGCCUAUCUAGCCUCUCUCGUCCCGCAACUCCUCGCCUCUUUGAAGACGAUGCAUUCGGCUUUGCGCAAUAGCGCACGCAGCUCCCCGCUCAUCGCGGGCGCCCGUCGCCACGUAGCCAAUACAGGCCUGAUUGGGCUGGACGAGGAGGAAAGCUUCAUUUAUGAUACUUGCUUGAGCUUUGCUCGCGAGGAAAUGGCCCCGCACAUGCAGGCCUGGGAUGCCGACGAAGUGUUUCCCCGCGACGUGCUGCGGGAGCUGGCCAGUCUAGGUUAUGGUGCCAUCUAUGCCCGCGAGGAGUUUGGGGGUUCGGGACUGUCACGACUCGCCGCCUCGCUGAUCUUUGAAGCGCUCUCCACGGGCUGCGUCAGCACCACCGCUUACCUCUCCAUUCACAACAUGUGUGCCUGGAUGGUUGACACAUAUGGCAAUGAGGCGCAGCGCGCCGAGUACCUUCCCCGCCUGGCCUCCAUGGACGUGCGUACCGGGCUGCCGCUCAUCGACUGUCCAUCUGCCUGGCUACCAGAGCCCGGGGCUGGGAGUGAUGCUGCCUCGCUCAGCACCACAGCCGUGCGCGAUGGUACGUGCGUCACCGUCUGCUCGCCGUUGCCGACCAGACGCUUGUGCGCUUGUGCGCUUGUGCGCUUGGGGCCGCUGCGCAUGCUCAUCGGUCUAUUCUUAGGUGACGAAUUUGUGCUUAAUGGCACCAAGGCUUUCAUCAGUGGUGGCGGUGAAUCAGAUGUCUACCUGGUCAUGACGCGUACGGGCAGCGCCGGAGCAAAGGGCAUCUCUUGCUUCAUCGUUGAAAAGGACACGCCGGGUCUCAGUUACGGUCAAAAGGAACGCAAGUUGGGCUGGAACUCGCAGCCAACGCGUCAGGUCAUCAUGGAGGACGUUCGCGUCCCAGCUAGCAACAUGCUGGGUGGUGAGGGCAAGGGCUUCAAUAUUGCCAUGGCGGGUUUGAACGGCGGACGCAUCAACAUCGCAUCCUGCAGUCUCGGCGGCGCUCAAGCCUCGUUGGAGGGUACACUCGAAUAUACAAGUGAUCGUAAGCAGUUUGGUCGUGCCAUCAACGACAACCAGGCCGUGCAGUUUCGCCUGGCCGAGUACGCGACUGGCUUGACGGCAAGCCGCCAGAUGCUCCGCCUCGCGGCCCGUGAACUGGAUGCGAAGAGCAGUGCGGCUCCCGCGUUGUGCGCCAUGGCCAAGCUUGAGGUGACAGAUCGGUGCUUUGAUAUCGUCAACGGCUGCCUGCAACUGCACGGUGGCUACGGCUACCUCAAAGACUACAAGAUCCAACAGUUCCUGCGUGACUUGCGUGUGCAUCAAAUCCUUGAGGGCACCAACGAGGUUAUGCGCAUGAUUAUCAGCCGCGAGCUCCUGACACAGGCAUAA